AUGCCUCUCUUCGACACUCACAACACAUGGGCCUUUGUCUUUGGUUUGAUGGGAAAUGUCAUCUCCUUCGCCGUGUUCCUCUCUCCUGUGCCAACGUUCUAUAGGGUUUGGAAGAAGAAGACAACCGAAGGGUUUCAGUCUCUUCCAUACGUUGUGGCGCUCUUCAGUGCAACACUUUGGCUUUACUACGCAACACAGAAGAAAGAUGUCUUCCUCCUCGUCACCAUAAACGCUUUUGGAUGUUUCAUAGAAACUAUCUACAUCUCUAUCUUCCUUGCUUUCGCCCCCAAAAAAGCCAGGAUGUUGACAGUGAAGUUGCUUCUUCUUAUGAACUUUGGAGGAUUCUGUCUGAUUCUUCUUCUAUGCCAAUUCUUGGCUAAAGGAACUACACGUGCCAAGAUCAUUGGAGGAAUAUGUGUCGGAUUCUCUGUUUGUGUUUUCGCUGCUCCUCUAAGCAUAAUCAGGACGGUGAUAAAGACAAGGAGUGUGGAGUACAUGCCCUUUAGCUUAUCCUUAACCCUUACAAUCAGUGCUGUCGUAUGGCUUCUUUAUGGUCUUGCUCUCAAGGACAUCUAUGUUGCUUUCCCUAAUGUGAUUGGUUUUGCUCUCGGUGCACUUCAAAUGAUACUCUACGUGGUCUACAAAUAUUGUAAAACGCCGCCGCAAUUGGGAGAGAAAGAAGUGGAAGCUGCUAAGUUACCGGAGGUGACCCUCGACAUGCUGAAGCUAGGCACAGUGUCAUCCCCUGAGCCAAUCCCAGUCGUUCGUCAAACGAACAAGUGUACCUGCGGAAAUGAUCGGAGGGCUGAGACUGAAGAUGGUCAAAACGGCAAGCAGUCCUCUUCCACAACAGUUUGAACACGAAUAAAAAAUCUCGUUGACGACUAUGCAAUGUUGAUUCUUACCCCAACUUGAUAUACCAACCACCACCACGUGUACCCGUUACGCUGUCUUAUUUUUCUGAGUUUUAUCAAGUGUGCGAAGUAAAGAAAUAAUUUCCCGGGAUAACAUAUAUGCAUUUCCGAAUGUUAUUUAUGUAAUUUUGGGAUUAAAUUUCUCCACUUCUUUUUAAAUAUUUAUGUAAGUAUCUAUUUGGGGAUAUGUAUAUUUCCUAUUUUCCGAUUUAAUCAUAAAUAUCUAUCUUGAUUGCCUCUCCUUUUGUUCUAGUUCAUAAUGACAUGUUGGCUGAUUAUUUCAAGUAGUAUCGUUAUAUUUGAAAUGCUA